GCUAUCUGUUACUAGCUGUGUCGCUUUGACGCUGCUGUGUGUUUACAGUCGGGACUCAGCAGAGAAAUGUGAUAAAACCAGCUGGAUAUUUUCACUGUAAUUCAUCAUCAUGAAGCUGCGAGUUCGGAUCAACCGACAGACCAGCAGAGUGGAGUUACUGGGAGAGGAGCCCAGUGUGAAGGAGCUCUCAGACCUCAUCCAGGAGACGCUGUUAUCUUCUCAUGGACUCAGCACAGACACAGAGUUCAGUUUGUCCCUGAACGGCUCAGAGCCUCUGUCAGACUCCGGUCAGACUCUGGCGUCCUGCGGCAUCGUCUCUGGAGACCUGAUCUGUGUCGUCCUGCCUGAAUCUGCAGCCACCAGCUCCACCAGCUCCACCAGCUCCACCAGCUCCACCAACAGGACGACCAGCAGCACAGAGAACCAGAGGCAGCAGCAGAACCAACAGACGGCACCCAUGACAUCCAACCAGCCCACCAGCAGCAGCAGCAGCGCGAGUCCUGCAGCAGCAGCUGUGACACAGUCCAUGGAGCUCGCUGAGACGUUGGACUCUGAGCCGUCAGUCCCCAGCUGGGAGCCGAUGCUGUGUGGCGAGGCGGAGGAGGGUCAGGCUCCUCUCUCUCUGGAGCUCCUCCACCACUCGGCUCAAACCACCAGUCCCAACGACGCCAUCAUGGUGGCCGGACACCUGCUGAUGCUCGAGACUGGCUUUGUUCCUCAGGGCUGUGAGCUGAAGCCUGGUGAGAUGCCCGCAGGGUGGAGGUCAGCAGCUGGAGUCUACAAACUGCAGUACACUCACCCUCUGUGUGAGAACAGCCUCGCCAUGGUCGUGGCGGUAGGCAUGGGGGCGCUGCUCGUCAUCAACGCGACUCUGAAGGAGAACGAAACCGUCAGCGCGGUUCGUAAACUGUGCGUGAACCCCUCCAGCUACGUGACCGACGAGUGGCCAGGAGAAAGUGCAGCGGCAGCUUUUAGAGAUCUUAAAAAACUGUCACGAAUCUUCAAAGACCAGCUGGCGUACCCGCUGAUCGCCGCCGCCAGAGAAGCGAUGGCUCUGCCCGUGGCGUUCGGCCUGGCCGCUCUUCCUCCUGAGCUCCUCCUCAGAGUCCUCAGACUGCUGGACGUCCGCUCCGUGGUGAGACUGUCGUCCGUCUGCAGACACUUCAACGUGUCCACAGCCGACUCCACGCUGUGGAGACACCUGUACCGCCGCGACUUCUCAGAUCGAGAUCUCAGCAGGCCCAGAGACACCGACUGGAGAGAGCUUUACAAACAAUUCUAUAAGAUCCGCAGUGAGCUCCGACAGGGGGCUCGUCACCGCUCCCUCCCUCCUUUCCACUGGAAUCCCCGGGACAUCUUCAACCCUGUCCCCAUCCCCCUCCACCCCCCGCUGCCCGGCAUCAUCGGGGGGGACUACGACCAGAGGCCGAGCCUCCCCCGCGUCCUCCUCCCUCGCCAUCGCUCCGACCCCAUCGGUCGGCCAGAAGACGUCAUCGGACGACCUCCGAGACUGCGACCGAUGGGAGGACGAUCUGCAGACAUCCGGAGAGGAUUCAUCUGAGUCAAGUUUGUCUCCAGGACAAAUCAGGACUUCUUCUUCUUCUUCUUCUUCUUCUUCUUCUGCAACAAUAAAACAACACACAUCUGAACGACACAAGAGUUUAUUUGAAUAGAAAGCAGAGACAGGAAGCUGUUGGGUUUGAAACUGAUGAUGUGUGACAGUCUGUGAGGACGUCCCCACCGUCACAGACCGUCACUACAACACACUAAUACACACAAUAUAACGUGGAAUGAAAAGGGCUUUAAAAACAUGUUUCCUGCAUUAAUAUCUAAUUAUUAUCUCAUCGUUACUUCCUGUUUUCUGAAGCGGGCCGUGUCAAAUUAAUUUGUGCUGCAAAGCUUUUACAUAAACAACAGUAUUUGAUUCAACACAGAGACAGUGACCAAAUAUCUUCUUUUUUUUUUACUUAUGAUUUCACAAAAAAGUCAAACCUGUGUCUCACUAUGUCAAAACGAUGACUCUUACAUUGAUGAUAUUUGCAGGACUGAGAAGGACUUGAUGUUUUCUGCUCUGAACACUGGAAUAAUCUGCAGAAAGAAUUUAAACUGAUGAAUCUGAGUAAAGUUUUUUUGUUGUUGUUGUAAAAG